UCAAAAAAUCUGAAUCUUCAGAUAAAGACGUAAUAUUUUGUCUGUAUUAAAUAUAGACUUUUGGAACAUAUUACAGCAUAUUAUUUCUAAAUUACUAUGAAUUUAUAUUUUUAGGGGGACAACUCAAUAAUUAAGACCAUUUUAGGGGUUUUUGACACAAACUUUAGGGAUAAAUAUUUUGGAGAGUUGGUAACACUGUCCAAUCCGUCAAUCGUCAAGCGAGUGUCAAAGCGCUAGCGCGAGAAAUGCUUACAAAAUAAUAAAUAUUAUUUUAUUUUUUACCAGUGGUACAUUCAUAUUUUAAAUCAUUUUCUUAAUAAUAUACAAUGGAAAUAACUAGAAAAAAUUUUAAAGAGGCAUUGCCUCUAAUCGGUGCGUCUAUAGAAAAGGCUGACUUUUUAGUGAUGGACGCGGAGUUUACCGGCUUACUAAAUGGACGCGACGUGACAAUAUUCGAUUCCCCUCAGGAUUACUACACUACACUGUUGAAUGGCGCCACAGAUUUCUUGUUAAUACAGUACGGAUUGUGCGCCUUUUGCUGGAACGACGACACGAAGCAGUAUACGAACGAGUCGUACAAUUUCUAUUUGUUCCCGCGCGGCCGGCCGGGCCCUGAGAAAAUGUUUUUAUGCCAGAGUUCCAGCUUAGACUUCUUGGCUGCACAGGGAUUUGAUUUUAAUAAAUUAAUUAAAGAAGGUAUAUCUUAUAUGACGGAGCCUACAGAAACUAGGCUAAGAGAAAACUUGACAGAUCGACAAAGCAGAACCAAUGACAAAGAAUCUAUUACAAUCCCUGAGGAGAACAGAAGUUACAUUGAAGGCAUAUGUAAAAAAGUUCGUGAAUUUUUAAAUGAUGACAAAUCAGAAGAGAUGGAGAUCGACCGCUGCAACGCUUUCAUCAGGCGGUUGCUGUUCCAAGAGUUGGGCGCGCGGUUCAAGAACGAGGCAUUUGUAGAGUCUAAGGUCUUAGAGAAUAAGAACAGGGUGUUAAAAGUGACUAAAUUAAAAUCAGUCAGUGAGGUCAAAGAUCUGGACACACAGAAGAAAGAAAAAGAGUGGGAGGAGUUUGAAGAGGCAGUUGGCUUUUCAAAGGUUGCUAGGAUGAUCAGUCAAUCGGGAAAGUUAGUGAUCGGCCACAACAUGUUGCUGGAUGUGAUGCACACGCUCAACCACUUCUUCCAGCCGCUGCCGCCCGACUACGCCUCCUUCAAGGAGUUUGCGCACUGCAUGUUCCCCAGGUUAUUAGACACCAAGUACAUGUCGAGUCUACCGCCAUUCAAAGAUAAAGUGAACUCAAGUGUGCUGAAUCACUUGCUCAUCACACUAUCGGAAGCACCAUUCUCGCUGCCUGAAGCUGAGUCUGAGAGCGGGCGCGGCUACACGCGCUCAGACGAGAAGGCGCACGAGGCGGGCUACGACGCGUACGUGACGGGGCUGUGCUUCCUGAGCAUGCACGCGCACCUGGCGAGCAUGCGCGGCGAGCGGCGCGCGCGCGUCGCUGGCUCCGCCGACUCCGUGCUGCUCAAGCCCUUCGUCAACAAGCUGUUCCUGGCCAAGACGGCGCACCAGGACUCGCCUUACAUCAACCUCACGGGCGCUGACCCGACGCCGUCCAGAGACCACGUGUUCCACCUGACGUUUCCCAAAGAGUGGCAAAGGAACGACAUCAACCAGUUGUUUAGCGCAUACGGUCAAAUAACAGUGCAGUUCCUGGACGACACGUCGGCGCUGGUGGCGCUGUCGCGGAAGGACCUCGCCAAGACUGUCGUGCGCGCCUUCGCCAGCAACAGUCGGAUAUCCUUGGUGCCGUACCUCAGGUACAAGGCGCUCUCCAACAAGUCCGCGAGCCAGCUGGAGCGACGCGAGGAAGCGUCGGAAAAGUUCGCCAAAUUACACCCAGACAGCACUGCGAUCGCCCGCCGAGGUAAUGUAAGCAUUCCCCCCGCGGCUCGGCCGGCGGAGGUGAGUCGCAGCCGGGCGCAGAGCGCAUCGCACGGCGCGCCGGCGGCGCAGCCAGCACGCAAACGGACCUCUUCCGGAAUGUUCCAGGUUGAAGAUAGCGAACCCCCACCAAAGAAGACAGAAGGCACCGCAGAAAAUGCAAAAGAGCAGAACAACGUUACAGUUUUGUCGAACGGACGUAGAAAACGCACUGACAGUGGAAAGGAGAAGGCGAAGGAAAGGAAAAAAGAAACAGACAUAGUCAUAAAGUGUAGUUUCAACAGUGACAAGCCAGGCGAAUGUGUGUCCGCUUUCAAAGAAAGCGAUAGUUGGGACUAAUAUAUUGAUGUUGAAUGUC